AUGCCACCAAUACCAGCAAGUCGCCUACAACAAUCGUCAUCAGUGAAUACCAAUAUAACUUUAAAUGAUAACAAUCGAGAAAGAAUGUUAGCGAGACUGUUAGUUGUUAUUAAGCGAAUAGUAAAAUUUCUCGUUCACUGUUUGACUUUUAUGUUUGUUGCAUUGCGUGGCUCAAGAAAAAAGUUAAUUCAAUUUCAAUCUGUGAAGUAUUACAACUGUCCUCUUCAACCUCUAUCUGCUCAUCGACUACAUUUUCUGCCGAAGAAAAUCUUAGUAUUAGACUUGGAUGAAACUUUAGUACAUUCUCAUCAUGAUGGUUUCUCACGUAACGGUGCUCUGAAACCAACAGGUCCGCCUGAUUUUAUAGUUCGAGUAGAGAUCGAAAAGCAUCCUGUUCGAUUUUUUGUCUACAAACGACCCCAUGUUGAUUACUUCCUUGAAACAGUGAGUCAAUGGUACGAACUUGUCGUAUUUACUGCGUCGAUGGAAAUCUAUGGCGCAGCAGUGAGUGAUAAACUCGAUAAUAAUCGAAAUAUGCUGGCACGUCGAUAUUUCCGACAGCAUUUGAUCUUUCGCGAAUAUUUAUCUUGGAUAACAGUCCUGUUGCAUAUCGUUGUUGUCCACUCAAUGCCAUUCCGAUUAAAUCAUGGUUUUCCGAUCCAACAGACACUUGUCUCUUGUCGCUACUUCCAUUUCUCGAUGCCUUACGAUUUUGUCAGGACGUAUUCAAUCACUUCUAUUUUACUCGUCAUCAAAACAGAUAAAGAGCGCGAUAGAAUGACAAAAAUUAAUGAUCAAAUGACGUCCUCGGGCCGUGUCAAACAAAUCUGUCAAAAUUUCUUAUUACAUGCCGAUUCUGGUCUGGCACAUCGUUUACAACAAGAAGAAUUUGCUGUACAUUUUGAUCGAAAUCGUACUCAUCGACGUGAAUCUCAAUUGGGAGUUAGAGCAGCUCGUAAUGUUGAACAAGAAGAGAAAAAGGCAUUCAUCGAAGAACAAGUUCAUUUCUGCCAAGAAAAACAAAAGAUGGCGGAAAUCGAUACUGCAUUAGCAAGACAAUUGCAAAAGGAAUUGAAAAUAUCGUCGAGUUCAAAAGAUCAAACCAUGAUCAAUACUCAUUAUCGUUCCCAUGAGAAGAAGAAUUAUCAUGAACAAACUGAUCAACCAGUGACGCAUCCGGAUACGAGUAGCGAUGAACAGUUAGCAAGAAUUUUACAAGAGGAAGAAGAAUUACUAUCGUCCGCUGCUCAUCGGUCACUUUAUCGAUCAGCAUUUGUAUAA